AUGGACAAAUACAAGAAAAUAGUAGGAGAAAGCAAGCUGAAGGAGCUUCUCAACACUGCAUACUCUCGAAUAGAGCAGCCGUCUAUAGAGGUGGUGAUGGGAAACCCUUCCUGCGACCAAGAUUCCUUCAUAGGGUCGCACAUCCUGGCUGCUGUGAUGGGCCGAGUUCCUGUGGUCAACCUGUGCCGUGAAAUAUUCGAGUGCAAGCACGACUUGGUGAAGGUGUGCGACAUAAUGGGGGUGUCUAUGGACGAGCUUGUCUUUCUGGCGAAGCAGGGCAGCGCAUGGUUCCUGCAGAGAGGCAGCAAAAAGUAUGCGCUCGCAGAAAAGAAGAUAACUGCGCUGCUUAUUGACUUCAACCUUCCGGACAAGGACCUACUGCUGUCGGAGGGCUUCUCCAUAGACAGAAUAAUCGAUCACCACCCAAUACUUGAGUUUAGCCAGAAGGUGCACAGCAAGGCCGCAGGCAUGGACAUUGAGCUGUGCGCAGGCUCUUGCUGCUCCCUAAUAUACAGGUUCGUAUGCAGCCAGUUUGCAAAGACGCUUGAAGAGAAGAAGGCAACAAAGGAGUACAACUUCCUGCUUCUUUUGAGCAUUCCCAUUAUGACAGACACCUCGGGGCUGGAGAGCAGAGUGCACGACGUAGAUGUCAAUGGAGUGCGCUCCUCGCUGGGCGCGGCCGGGGCUUCCAUGCAGGACGCACAGGAGGUUCUGGCCAGCCUCAGCAAGCUUAAGAAGUGCGAAGACAAAAUAAAGACGGAGCUUAUAUUGCAAAUGGACUACAAGCCAUUUGACUAUCCAGCAAACCAUCCGGGAAAGUCUUUCGGCAUAUCCUCGGUGAAGUAUGCAUACGAUGACUGGGUGCAGAGGGAUGGAAAGGAGGAGUGGAAGCGGAAGGUGAAGGAGUUCGUGCAGGGGAAGGGGCACGAGUUCUUCAUCAUAAACUGCAAGGUAAAGGGCGUGCGGGAGCUGUAUGUGUACAAUGCGCCUGGCUCGGGGCUAAUAGAAAAGGGAAUAUACGAGGGAAAGCCUGUGAGCAAGAGGUCUGUCGCCGGGGACAGUGAGAUAGUUGUGUACAAUGUGAGCCCCACAAUAAGCAGGAAAAUAGUGGCACCAAUGAUAUACAAGUAUCUUUCGGAGCAAAACAACUAA